ACCGGUCCGGUCCUGCAGUCCGUGUGUUCCUGCACCUCUGCUGCCUGUUAUGCGCCCGGAUCCCCGCGGGAUAGAACCCGAACACAACUCUAAUCCAGGACUGUUCCUGAUUAACUACCAAAUUCCAGAGGAGCCCUGAGGGAGGCCGGUUCUAUAGCGGUUCACUGGUGCGGAGCUCUGAGCUGCUCCUGCUGUUGCUGCAGCGCCGCCGGCCCAGGUUCUCCCGGUCCGGACCGCAGCACCGCGACCUUCCCCGGAUUAUCAUCACUCUCGGACUGGAUCAGGCUCGGUGCAUGGAUGUAGGAUAUCAUGGCCACGUUUGUGUGCAGGGUGCAGUUCCUAGACGACACCGAUCCGUUCAACAGCACCAAUUUUCCCGAACCGACCCGGCCCCCGUUCUUCACCUUCAGGGAGGAUCUAGCCCUCAUCAACCAGCUGGCCGGGGUGCACCGACUCCUCAAAGCACCACAGAAGCUGGACGACUGCGCUCUGCAGCUCUCUCAUAAUGGAAGUUACCUGGAUCUGGAUUCGACUCUGGCCGAGCAGAGAGACGAGCUGGAGGGGUUCCAGGAGGACGGAGGGAGAGGGAGGAAGCACAGCAUCAUCCUGCGUACACAGCUCUCAGUACGAGUCCACGCCUGUAUCGAGAAGCUCUAUAACUCGACGGGCCGGGACCUGCGGAGGGCGCUGUUCUCUCUCAAACAGAUCUUCCAGGAUGAUAAGGACCUGGUUCAUGAGUUCGUGGUGGCUGAGGGACUCACCUGUCUCAUUAAAGUGGGAGCGGAGGCCGACCAGAACUACCAGAACUACAUCCUCAGAGCUCUGGGGCAGAUCAUGCUGUAUGUGGACGGGAUGAACGGCCUGAUUGGACAUAACGAGACGGUUCAGUGGCUCUACACACUGGUGGGAUCAAAGUUCCGUCUGGUGGUGAAGACGGCGCUGAAGCUCCUGCUGGUGUUUGUGGAGUACACCGAGUCCAACGCUGCCCUCCUCAUACAGGCUGUUAACACUGUCGACGCUAAACAAGCUCAUAAGUCCUGGUCCAACGCGAUGGAGAUCCUGGAUGAGAAGGACGGCGUGGACACCGAGCUGUUGGUCUAUGUGAUGACCCUCGUUAACAAGACGCUGGCAGGACUUCCAGAUCAGGAUUCCUUCUACGAUGUGGUGGAUCAUUUGGAGGAGCAGGGCAUCGAGACCAUCGCCAAGCGGCACCUCAGCAGGAAGGGAACCGACCUGGACCUGCUGGAGCAGUUCAACAUCUACGAGGCGACUCUUCGUCAUGAGGACGGUGAUGACGAGAUGCAGCCGCCCCCGGUGGGCCGUAAGGACCGGCGGCGAGCCAGUGUAGGAGGCACUCUCGAGAGGCGGGGCCUAGAGCGCAGACGCAGCCGGAGACACUCACUGCAGAACGGCAAAGGCCACGCCUCCGCCCCCGCCUCGCCCUCUCACGGCCACGCCCCCAACUUCCUUCCCUUCAAUGGACAAAGAGUGGAGGACGUGACUGAGAGAGAGGAGGAGAAGGAGGACGAGGAGGACGAGGAGGAACCACAGAAAGCAGAACUCUGUCCUCGGGGAUCUGACAGGUCUCUGAGCGGCCUGAUGUCCAGGGGUUCAUCCGUCACCUCGUCUGCCUCCAGCUCCCCCGGUGAAGAACCCCUGCCCCCGAUCCCUCCCCUCUCCUCCCCCGUGCCCCCCUCCUGCCCCCCAGACUCCGACCGGGUGCCGUCGGGAGAGCAGACGGGCCGAGAUGCAGAAAAGCGCCUCAGCAGGCAGACUGGUUACACUGGUUCCUUCCCUGGCAGGACAGCGGGGGUGUUGAGCGCCCCCUCAACCCCCCUCACCCGCUUUUCAUCUACAGGAGGGUCACCUGAGAGCAAACCUGACAGGUCGCCUCUGGGAGGUUUACUGUCCUCGUCGUACCGGCAGCACCAGGAGUCUCUGUGUGCAGAGCGAGAGCGGCGACGCCUGGAGAGAGAGGAACGACUACAGAGGAUCGAACGAGAGGAGAGAACAAGAUACAGUCGAGACUGUGUGGAGAAGCGAGAGGAGGCCAGACAUGCUCGUGAGGAGAGGUACAGCGAGGUGGAGCGCGUGGCGGCGGAGGAGUACAAGAAGGAGCGAGUAGCAUCGGUACCGAGGGGUCGUACCGAAAUCACCCUGAAUCUGAGUCCACGCUCCUCCAGCAGCCCCCGCCCUCCCACAGUCACCUCCUCCACGGAGUCUCAGGAGAGGAGACGCCCCCUCCACGCCCACGCUGCUCCAGAAGCCGAGCCGGAACCGAGCCGGGCCGAGCCUCCCAUCACGUCUCCCGCUGUGCCUGAGGAGGAGCAGAGACCCGUGGAUGAGCAGGACAUCACUCUGUCUCUCCUACAACCUGAGACGGAGGUGAAAGAGGAGCUGGAGGCAGGAGAGGAUGCUGAUGGAGAGAAGAGAGAAGAGCAGGAGGUGGAACCAGAUGAAGACGUGAACCUGAAUGACUCUGAGAGGGAAGAGGAACGUACGGAGACGGAAGCGUCGGAGGACGGGACGGGGACGGAACUGGACGUUGAGGAAUGUGAGAAGGAGCAGGUCGUAGAGAGAGAGGCGGAGGAGACCACGGCACUCAGCGAGAAGGAACGACAGAACGAAGAACUGAACGAGAAGGACAACUGCUCGGCCUCCAGCAUCUCCUCAGCCAGCAGCACCCUGGAGAGAGAGGAGCGUGAGGAGAAACGUCUCAACCACAACGACUCCGGUCAGUGGUCUGAAUGCAUGAAGUCUGCAGAGACGAGCGAGCAGUGCGGCCUCAACAGCAGGCGCUUCAUGUUGGACAUGCUCUAUUCCCACAACAGCAGGCCUGCAGAGCGUGAGGAGAAGGAGAGCGAGAAGCAGAACCAGGAGGAGUCCGAGCGUACAGACAAGGACUCGUCUCUGGACGGCCACGCCCGGCAGCAGGAGAGUGAGGAGAACGUGAAGAACCUGACGGAUAACCAGGGUAACGUUCGCUCGGUGGCGGAGAAGUUCGCCGACCUGAUAAAGGGCCGAGUCGAGACCGCUGAGAAGGAAAAAGCGCCGCCGGCCGCACCCCCUAAGAAGGAGUCGGACCACAUUUGGGACCAGCUGAUGGCCAGUCCGCGAGAACUUCGCAUCAAGGAGAUGGACUUCACCGACCUGGGGGAGGACGACGACGUGGACGUUUUGGAUGCGGGGAAUAUUAUGAGGUCAAAUGACCACACGGUACCGCCUCCCCCUCCCCCGUACAUACCAAACCUCCCACCUCCACCUCCUUUGUUUUGUUGCCCACCUCCUCCUCCAGUGCCGGGUGGGAUGUUACCCCCGCCGCCGCCCUCGGUGCCCUCGAUGCCACCUCCUCAGCCCGGUCGAGGAGAACCUCUGUUUCAGAAGAAGAGGAAAACCAUCCGACUGUUCUGGUCAGAGGUUCGACCCUCAGACUGGCAGUACAGCAGCAACCAGAAACGCUGCCGGGAGUCACUGUGGUCCAAACUGGAACCGGUCAAGCUGGACACGUCCAAAUUGGAGCACCUGUUCGAGUCCAAGUCCAAAGAGCUUCCUGUUACAAAGAAAACAGCGGCGGACGGUAAACGACAGGAGAUCAUCGUCCUCGACUCCAAACGAAGUAACGCCAUCAACAUCGGCCUGACGGUUCUUCCUCCGCCCCGCACCAUCAAAACAGCCAUCCUCAACUUCGACGAGUACGCUCUCAACAAGGAGGGGAUCGAGAAAAUCCUCACCAUGAUCCCUACGGAGGAGGAGAAGCAGAAGAUCCAGGAGGCACAGUUGCUGAACCCUGACGUUCCUCUGGGCAGCGCUGAGCAGUUCCUCCUCACGCUCUCAUCCAUCAGUGAGCUAUCGGCCCGCCUGCACCUCUGGGCCUUCAAGAUGGACUACGAUGGUUUAGAAAAGGAGGUGGCCGAGCCUCUACAGGACCUGAAAGAGGGCAUGAGUGAGCUGGAGAAGAACCGGACGCUGCGUUUCAUUCUGUCCACGCUGCUCGCUAUCGGCAACUUCCUCAACGGAUCGAACGCUAAAGGCUUUGAUCUGAGUUACCUGGAGAAGGUUCCUGAGGUGAAGGACACGGUGCAUAAACAGUCUCUGCUCCACCAUGUGUGUUCCAUUGUAGUGGAGAAAUUUCCUGAAGGUUCAGACCUGUACUCAGAGAUCGGAGCCAUAACACGCUCGGCUAAGGUGGACUUUGACCAGCUGCAGGAGAAUCUGGCUCAGAUGGAGCGGCGCUGCAAAGCAUCAUGGGAUCACCUGAAGGUCGUCGCCAAGCACGAGAUGAAACCGGCAUUAAAGCAGCGCAUGUCCGACUUCCUGAAGGACUGCGCCGAGAGAAUCAUCAUCCUCACCAUAGUGCACCGGCGCAUCAUUAACCGGUUUCACUCCUUCCUGCUGUUCCUGGGUCAGCCAGCGUACGCGGUUCGAGACGUCAGUGUCCACCGCUUCUGUAAGAUCCUGAGUGAGUUUGCUCUGGAGUAUCGAACCACCAGAGAUCGAGUCCUGCAGCAGAAACAGAAGAGAGCGACACACCGGGAGAGGAACAAAACCCGCGGCAAAAUGAUCACCGACAGUGGAAAGUUUGCAGAAGCAUCGGUGGAGGUUCAGGACGCCCCGGCGCAGGGACUCGGCUACGCCGAAGACGCAGCGGAACACGAGCAGAUGACGGCGGUUCUGCGUAACAGUCUGCAGCUUGGAGACACAACCAGUUCUGUCCUGCCGGGACUCCGCACACGGACCAGAGCCAGUCGGGGCCGGUUGGGAUUGUGGUCCUCGGCCAACGAAGACACGUCCAACGGUCUGGAGGACACGGCGGACGAGAUCAUGGAGCGCAUCGUAAAAUCGGCGACUCAGGGCCCCGGUCAGCACAAUCAGCCCCGCGAGAGACGACGUUCAAGAGCCAAUCGCAAGUCCUUAAGGAGAACACUGAAGAACGGGCUCAGUCCAGAGGAAGCACAGGCUCUGGGAUUGGCCAGCGGCUCCGAGAUGCAAGUGUGAUAACGGACGGAUACUAGCAGCUCAGGGCGUCGGUGCACAUACACACACACAAAUACACAAAUGCACUAGCACACACACUCCAGGCCUGGGAGCACCUGAACCCGGACACUGAACGCUGAGCUGGCUGGAACCUGGACUGACUUUAUCAUUUAUUGUUCACACCACUUUUAAUGUGUUUUAGAAGCAAAAGCACAGCUGCAGUUCCACCCUCACGAAGCCACUCACGCCCUCGUACCCAAGGCCUCCGUCUCUUCUACUAGUGUUUCUUACCACUGUGGCCUUGAGAAGGAACCCAAAGAACAGUUCUUCUACCAGGCCCGGACUCUCUCAGCUGCAGUUUGGUAAAAUCGAUUAGCAGCACCUUCAGCAUCCGGGUCCAACCAAACUGUGGAGCACAGAAUAAUACAACCACUGACGAAUAUAGCGAGGGCGGCGUCCCCGUCCCCGUGCACUGCUGUGCUGUUUACUUUAUUUCUCUUCAUUUUAUCAGACUGGCACAGUUUUUAAUUACUGGUUUUAAUUUAGAUUGAGACGGAGGUUUAAUGUGAACAGCAGAAUUUAAACACGAUGCAAAAUCACCUUUGAAAUUCUUCAGUCUGAUCCUGAUCGUGUUCCAGACGCAGACCAACACUAAUCCUGCUCGCCAUUCACACCACAGUUCUUAAAUCCAAAGUGUUUCGUUCUAGUUUACCAUUCUGUUUCCAUAAACAUGUUCUGUAUCUGACACGAAAUGCACCUGAACUGACCCGCAUGCACUAAAAGGCCUCACCUGAUAUAAUCUUCUGCUGGCACGACAUGAUGACAAGCGUUGAGUUCGACUGACUCUCCUGAACAAUGAACUGAUGUGUUUUACAUGAAGAGGAAUCAGACUGACCACUAUUACCUGCAGUCUAACGCUUUAUGUACUUGGGCUUCAUGUUUCUGUCUUGGUGGCAUCCAUUUUACCAGUUUUAAUGCUGUCUCAUCAUUAACCAUCAUUCAUUCAUUUAUUCAUUUUAAUCCUAGUGCAUGACAGCUAUGUGCAUGACGUUCCAUCAUCCUAACAUUAAAGGAAGUGGUUUCCUUUCUGCUCCUCGUCACACUAUAGCGUUUGGAGUGAAGCGUUCUUUCUAAAAACUCCUCUGAACCAGAGAGAUAAUCGAACCCUUCUGAAACAGUCCGUCAUUACAAAACUCCAUUCUCAUACCCGACAGGUGAGCAUCAUUCUGACAAUCCACUCAGUGGUCCUACAGAAAAGCUCCACUGGAGUAAAUUUGUACCUUCCUGCACCUUAGUAUGUGUACUAUGUCAUUGUAGAGUAAAUUGGAGUAUUAGUGAGUAUGAAUCCUUGUUUUCAUCUGAUGCCUUUUGUCUUCUCAGAAAACUGAGUACUGUAAUAUAAACAUGAACUAAAAGUUCCCUCGUGAUGAAACUAAAGGCUUUUACAGAGAACAAACUGUACAAUUGUGUAAAUUACAUGUUAGUUUUUGAGUAUGUUUUAUUUGUUUUGUUUUUUUGUAUAGAACAGUGUAUUAUAGAUGAGAGGCGAUGUUAUUUCUGUGAGAAUUGUAAUUUAAGAGAGAAUAAAGAAAGCCAUGCAUGGUUAAAACGAACGUCAGAUGGAAUAUGAGACACGAGAGGGAUGUUGUGAUGUCGGUUAAAAUGCUCAGUGGAUUUUGCUUUUGUUUAAUGAUGUGUUAAAUUUGCACAGACUUGAAACUGUUGGUUAUUGUACCAGACGCCCUUUUACUCCUGAAUGAACGCAGGAGAGAUCAUCCAGAUUAUUGCACUUAAAUAUACGAGUCAAGGUCAAGUGAUGGGUGCCGUAAAGUGGGUAUUGAGUACCUAGAAUGUGAAUUUAAGUAAAUUUUAAGACUUCCAGCAAAAACUAUAAACUGUAAAAUUCUGCAAUUAAAAGCUUUUGUGAUGCAUUAAAGAGAUGACAUGUCGGAA